GGCAACCGACAUCAGGAAUACCGGUACGAUUGAGCAAUGAAAGCAAAAUAUGGAUUCCUGCCUCUCCUCUUGGCACAAGCGCUGCCACUUUUCGGGCACCGGGAGAUGCCGGUGUGGCACGGCGCCUCCUAAGGCAUGAGCGAUGGUGCAGCUCACCCAUGUAUGCCGUUUGUCGAGCACAAUGUGUUUGAGGCCGCAUACCGCACCCCCGCGGAGGUUCAGAGCGAGGGGGUUGCCCCACCCUCCCCGGAGGCCCUUCUUGCUGGGAACUCUCUCAGUUGGGAGGGGAUCCUAGAGGUCGAGGAAAGCCACAGACAACAAAAGGCGCUCAAAUGGAGGCCACCGAGGUGGUGUGGUCAUGGUUUUUGGCUCAGCGAGCUCUUCUACUCGUACGGUAGCCCGGGCUGACAUGGGAUCAAGGCGGGUUGGACAGAGCGAGAUAUCCAGCGUACCGGUUCUCUAAUUGAUCUGUGGCAUACCGGUAUUGCGCUGGUGGAGGUAAGAGCCUAGAGCAUGGAACGAGACGAGGGACGGGUGAACAGGAAAGAAGAGAGGCGAUUCCAACUCCCGGCAUGAUCGGGAGCGGCACAACAUACUCGAGUACAGUACAAUAUCUACAUGUAUUCAAGACGUUUCCUAGAGACUUGGAAGAGGCCCCCUUGAGUAAGAUCUUGGCAAGCUGCAGGCUGUUUACCGUAAUUGAUACAAGUAGGGUACGUGUAGUCUACCGGCAGUGGGGUUGCGGUCAUAGGUUGGUCCUGAGUUAUCGGUACUUGCACCGCUCGGGAUUCGACCGUGGGAAGGACAGAGGCUUCCAAGUCUAAACCACUCUCUCCCCUCUCAAUCAUAUGCCAUCAAAAGGAUCUUUCACUGUCUGGUCUUGCGUCAUUGUCUUGAUUUCCUAAUAAUAUAAAUAAUCCGUUCCGCUCCUCUAAUCACCCCAUCGCCUCGAGAUCCUAACCCUCCCACCGACUGCUUCAUACCCUCCUCGCUCUUUAGUUACGGAGGUCGACAGUCAUUAUCCACCAGCUGUCCCGUUAGACGGAUUAGAGGUGUCGUUGCUGCUGCCGUUGCCGCGGUGUAGGUCAGGAUGUUCGUUGCUCCCUACGCCGUUCCAUCUUCUGCGCUUCCUGUGCUUCUUUUCUUUUUCCUCUUGCGGAGUAUCAUACGGGCAUUGGUGGGGCACCUGUAUGGUAUUUCAUGUGAGCUGACAUCGGGGUUCGUCCAAGGGCUCGAAGAACAGAUAAUCCUCUCGCUCUAUCCCAGCGAUCCAACAAUCUUCAAUUCUCAUGCUCCUCCUAUUUUCAGCCUCCGCCUUCUCAGUACCACACCCGCUCCAUCUACCUUUUCACGGACCCGAGAUCCCUUUGCUCCGAGGCCGGCCGUCCCGUGAAGAAACACCAGCCCAAUCCCCCUAUCAGUGAUGCCCUUUCCCUCGCCUCCCCGGAGUCUGCCGGAUCUGCUUCCCCGCAGUAUACGCGGAGGGUUGUUUCCUCUUUGAUAACGCCGGUUCUGUCACCGAAGCUUCUGAAGCGCACCUCAAAAAAAUCGGCCCACCCUCACAAACUUUCCUCUUCUACCUCAUCGAUACGUAGCGCUACGAGCAGUAUCCUUUCUAGAAAACGCAAGUACUACUACGAGCACCCCAAACUCUCCACCCUACCCUCGGAGAUUUUGGACGAGAUAUUCCAGCAUCUGGACCAGGAUACCCUUCUUGCGCUCACAAAGGUUUCUAGACGCAUAUCUGACGAAGCGGCGCACACACUGUAUGCCUCCCCGUCGUUUGCUUCCACAUAUCGCUUCGCCCAAUUCGUUUCUGUCGUCUCGCAGAACCGGUUCCUAGCCAGGGUGGUGCGAACAUUGGAUUUAUCGAACUUGGGGUCUUGUGCGGAGCCGGACGUUCCCUUGGCGGGAUGGAGGGAAUGGAAAUUUCGCUCUUCCCAGCUUUACACCAUCCGCCGGGAUGAUCUCCGAGACAGGAAGAAAUCCGGUCAGCGUGACAGCAGGCUGACCAUGCUAAAAACCAGCACUCAUCCACUUCCCUCGCCCCUCCUAAACGAGUAUUCUACUUCCAGGGAUGUUCCCGUUGGCGGAGUUGUUCACAUUCUCAGAGCAUGCCCCUACCUUCGCGAGCUAAACCUGUCCAACGUCCAGCUUGCCCCGGACUACAGUGUGCGCUGGACAAAUACUUCAACCUACAGGCCUGUGGCUUUCACUGGACUUUUAUUUGUUUCCGACGUACCCAAAAGCUUUACAUGGAAGGAGGAGGACACAGAGCCUUUGCAUGCUUCUGUCGACCUCGUCGAGGCAAUCCUGAGCCUUAAGUGUUUGGAAAGGCUCGGAAUUAAGGGAGGCCUUUGGGUCACAAGAGACGUUGCCAGACGCUUGGUUGAGGGACCUGAAAAGCUCGAGAAAGUUGACUUUCGUGAGUGCGGUAUGCAUAAGGAUAUUUGUUGGGCAGUUGAAGGUCGAAAGGAUAAGGUCAGGGAAGCCAUAGGUGGAGAAUUGCAGGCGGAGCUUAGAAAGAGCCAGAGCACUGCGGGUCCGUGACCAUGACUUAUAACAUUGGAGAUUCGUUUGUUUUCUUUCAGUCGGGAACCCCGUCCUCCACUACCUCCCUUUACGGGAUCUCCUUUAGUGUCUUGUUUAGACAUAAGGGUUCUUUGCACCAGAGGGCCCGUCAGGAGUUCUCGGGUUUUUUCAUCUUUAUAAUCUCUUUCUCAAACUUCCAACACAUGCUGGGCGUAUGGUCGAUUUUUCUUCAAACACAUUAUGAUGGCUUUAAAGUUUAAUGAGCUCUUUAAGAAAUU